UAUUUAAAUGUCGAGGGACACAGAUGCUGAAUGUGGACUGGAGACGAACCACAAGGUACACGCGUGUGGGUGGAAGGUUGACGUCGGGGCUUCGCCAUCUGCGUAUGUAGAGAGGCAGCUGUCACCAAUUUGGUUCAUCUUUUUAAAGGCACUGAGUUGUGUUGCUACUCGUGAGAUUCAUUCAUCUUCUCAAGUCUAAUCCCGCACAGUUUUUGUAUAGUUGUUUUUAUAUAUAUUUUAUAUAUACAUAUAUAUCGUUUUUAUUCGCAUGUCAUCGCGGAUGCGCAAAGACCCGUGCGUAAAACUAAAAAUACUAUACGCGCAAUUGCCUUUCAGGGCAAAUAGAGGAUUCAUUUCAACUUUAAAACAUCACUGCUGAAUAACUGAACAAGGAAUCAAUGGAGCUGGUUUGGUGACAGCAUUAGGCACUCUUUCCGGACUUUAAAUUUGGAUCAGCGUCCAGAUUCCCGAACUUUUCAUUCUAUGCGGACACAGGAGAUCUGAUCCCGUUACCUGCACUGGGACCCUGACAGUUUGGGAUCUCUUAAUUGUCACGGGUAUGGCUUUCCAUGUGUAACAAGAGGGGGCUUAAAACUGAGCUGAAUACCCAUCAAGAGGAACUUUUAUUUCCGAGGGCUUCCAGCACCGAAUCAGCGGAAUAUUCAUGAAGCAAUAUUUGAACUAUUACAAGAUGAGGCUGAGAGCAUCGAGGAUAGGUUAUCUGUUACUUCAGUUCACGGCGCUUUGCUUUUACGCACAGAACACUGCGCAGUCUCCCCCGAAUUUCAAGCAGCAUGUAACGGAGCAGAGCCGGCUGUCGGACCGCAUGAGCCGGCGGCUCACCAGAACCUACCAGCUGUACAGCCGCACCAGCGGCAAACACGUGCAGGUCCUGAGCAGCCGCAGGGUCAACGCCAACGGGGACGACGGGGCCGCGCACGCUAAACUGGAAGUGGAGACGGACUCUUUUGGAAGUCGAGUUCGUAUCAAAGGGGUGAAGACAGGGUACUACAUAUGUAUGAACAAGAGAGGGAAGCUGAUCGGCAAGCGGAAAGGACGGGGCAAAGACUGCAUCUUCACGGAAAUUGUUCUAGAAAACAACUACACGGCGCUGCAGAAUGCCAAGUAUGAGGGCUGGUACAUGGCUUUCACGCGCAAAGGCCGUCCGAGGAAGGCCUCCAGGACCAAACAGCACCAGCGGGAGGCCCACUUCAUGAAGCGUCUACCUAGGGGGCACUUGCUAAGUGAGAAGGAACCAUUUGACGUUCUUCCUCUCCCUGUCCCAGCACAGCCUUUCAGCAAGAGGACUAAACAUUCCCAUCAUCAGCGCUCGGGGGGACGCUGAAAAAACGCAAACCGCUGAGGUAGAACAACCAGCAUAAAAGAACUGCUGCAAGAGAAAGCAAAAUGUUUGGAGGGAAAUUUACUUGUACACUUAAGUGCCCAUGCAUUGUCAUGCCUCGUUUGUGGACUUAAUCUGUAAUUCUCAGUACUGGAUUGUAUGUAAACUAUCUAAUCUGCUAGUUAUUUCCAAUUCAGACAGAUUGUAGAAAGCAUUUUUUUGUCUUCAAAUCAGGACAUUUUCAGAACAGGACAGCUGAUGCCAUGAACAUUUGGUUAGAUGUUAGCCAGCUCUCUAAUGAAUAUCUGACAGAGAAAUGAAUACGAUGAAGCUAGAUGUGGCAGCUACCUGUGGUUACAGCAUCUGAGUCUCAGAUGAUAUGCUAUCUAGCCUUUUGGAGGCCCUUUUGGAAAAUAUGUAACCUGUUGUUUUUUCUACAUAUAUGAAUAUGUUUUUACUGUAUAAAUGUAAAUAACAUCAAAUGAUGGAAAUAUUUAUUGUAGAGUGUAUAUUAAAACCACUAAAG